AUGUUAUACACCAAGCAAGCACAUCAUGCGGAAUUAUUCACACGUUCACUACUACUGGGUAGCUCAGUGAUCUAUCAGGUACCAUCAUCACCUGCAGCCAAUCUCAAGUGGAAGUCUACCACCACCACCACCACCAAGCCUCAACCUCCAUACAAGCAAUUCAACAAAUUAAAGAAACUCUCCCGAAAAGAAGAAGCUGAACAACAGGCCAUAGCUGCACGUAACAGCCUUCAGCAUCUUGAUUUGAAAUACGACAUACUCACUCCUUCAACCAAGAAAGUUCUUGAUAUUGGAUUUGCUCCUGGACAUUGGAUGUCAUACAUUGUUGAUCGAAUAAGUCAAUUACACAAUGUCGAAAGUACCAAAUUGCACACAGUGGGAGUUCACAUUCUUGGAUUCGAUAUCUUAUUCAAAAGCCCACCAUUGGGAACCAGUUCCAUCCAAGGCAACAUCUUUUCAAAACUAAGCCAUGAAAAUGUCAUUAACCAUUUCAAGGAGAUUGCAAACAAACAAACUCAGCUGCAGCUCACACCUCACAUCGAUGAUGAUAUCGAUCACAAGUCAUAUUUCGCUCAAGAGAUUGACGAAUCGCAAUUGAUCAAACGAAUGAAGGGGCUAUCUAUCUCAAAUGGGAAUGUAUCAAGAACACUGGAAAUCAAUUGGAAGGUGGAUCUAAUAGUCAGCGAAUUAUCGCGUCCCGGCAAACAACAAAGUGGGUUUUACGAUUACACAGAGACCAAUCCGUACCUUAGGUACAACAACAACAAGGGUUUGAACCACUCAAUUGUCAACCCAAAAAAGGGCAAUUUGGAUUUAGCUGAUGGUGCAAUUAUGCUCAUGUCAAAAACAUUGAAACUGGGUGGGAAAUUUAUACUAAAAUUAACAAACAUUGAUAAUGACGAUGGGGAGAUUGCGGCGAUGAAACAAAGACUACAGGCGGUGUUUUUCAACGUGCAUGAAAUAAAUCUAAUGCAAGAUUGCAUCUUUGUAUGCCUAGAUAAAAGAGAAUAA